AUGGCUGGAUUGAAUCAGACUAUAAGGCAACUGUCUUCAUCAAAUGAAGGAGGAGCUGCCCCAACAUGCAUCAUCUACCCAGAACCAGCUGAUGGCAAGGUAGCAGAGUUUGAAUUGAAGAGUGGUUUCUUGCACCACCUUCCCAAGUUUCAUGGACUUAUGAAUGAGGACGCCAACAAGCAUCUCAAAGAAUUCCAGUUCGUGUGUGGGAGUAUGUGCCCUCAGAAUGCUGACCUUAACAUCCUAAAGUUAAAGGCAUUCCCUUUCUCUCUUGAAGAUAGGGCAAAGACAUGGCUAUUUGAUCUUCCCUCACGCCAUGUGGACUCUUGGAACAAGAUGGUUAAUGAAUUCCUUACUAAGGGCGUGACAGUAACAGUCCUAAGGAAGCAGAUAAAUGGGAUACAACAAGCUGUUGAUGAAUCAUUCUGCUCCUAUUAUGAGAGGUUCAAGACUUUAGUGGCGUCAUGCCCUUCACAUGGGAUGAAGGAGGGGAACCUACUCACCUAUUUCUAUGAGGGACUUCUCCCUCUUGAAAGACAAUUGUUGGAUGCUGCAGCUGGAGGGUCCUUUAUGGAUAAGACACCUGAGGUGGCUAAGAAGCUGUUGGCAAAUCGUUCUCUAAAUUAUCAACAAUAUGAGGGGGCAUUAUCCUCCUCAAGGAGGGUAAAUGAGGUAACUUCUAACUCAGCACUUGAGGAAAAGUUGAAUAAUAUGAGUGCUUUGUUGUCUCAGGUAUUGAUCGGGAAAGGCCAAGAAGGAGUAAAGGCGUGUGGGGUGUGCUCUACUCAAGGGCACCCAACUGAUCAAUGCCCCCAACUGAUACAAAAUGGUGGAUGGGAGUCCUUAAAUGCUUUUGAAUCUCAAAGGUACAAACCUUUUUCCAACACGUACAAUCCAGGGCUUAGGCACCAUCCUAACUUUCGUUGGAGCAAUACGGAGAAUGUUCAGAACCCCCAGAAUCAAAGUGGACCCUUUCCACGUCCUCAGGGCUUCUAUCAGAGGCCUCAGGUUCCUCAAAACUUUGCUCCUAAUAAUAAUUGUGUUCCUAAUAAUGUUACUCACCCUUCUUAUGAUAAGAUGCUUGAAGCCCUUUACCAGGGGCAACAAACUUUGACAAAUUCUACUCAAGCUCUUGUAACAGGUCAACAGAGUAACACGAAGGACAUAGCUGAGCUUAAGAAGCAAAUGGGACAGGUGGUGGACUUCAUGGGAAAGAUAUCUGAGAGUGGGAAGCUUCCAAGCAACACCAUUCCCAACCCAAACUUUGAGUCUGCAAAGGAGGACAUUGAGCAUGAUCCAGCCACUUCUAGGGUUGAAACAAAUGUGCCUCACACAUCUGAGCCACCUUUGAAACUAAGAGGUAACGAUCUAAACCCUAAAGGUUCAGUUAAUACUAACUCCCCUUUCUCUAGUGUUCCUUUCCCCAGUAGGUUUGCAAAGUCCAAGAAGGAUGAAUCUGAUCAAGCCAUAUUGGAGAUAUUUAAGAGGGUGCAAGUCAACAUGCCCUUGAUUGAGUGCAUAACACAAGUUCCAAAGUACGCCAAAUUUCUGAAGGAGUUGUGCACCACAAGGAGAUAA